CCGGCGAAACUCUAUAAGGGGUUGUCCAUGUGCUCGUGGUGCGGGCUGCUUUAUCUCGUGUCGCCGGUUUCAAGUUUUACGACGGUGCAGUUUGUAUUUUUGUGCAAGCUAGAAGGACGAACUUCAAGUGUUUUUCUGUGGCAGUUCAACGAUGUCAAACCCGCUGCCCACUGAGAUUCACGACUUGCAAGAGCUUCGUGAUCACAGGAAGCCCAGCGUGUACAAACACUAUAUUGCAGCAGCCAUAGACUUACUCGCAGGAACAGCAGGUGGAGCUGCCAACGUUGCAGUCGGACAGCCACUCGACACGGUCAAAGUGAAAAUGCAGACGUUUCCAGAAAUUUACCCUGGAAGCUGGACCUGCUUCCGGAAAACAUUGUCCCAAGACGGAGUCCGAGGACUGUACGCCGGUACGGUGCCAGCCUUAGUUGCCAACAUUGCAGAGAACUCUGUGCUUUUCUGUGCAUACGGUGUGUGUCAGAAGGCAGUGCAGUAUGCGGUACAGAAACAGAAAGUUGAAGACCUCAACCCGUUGGACAAUGCCACGGCGGGAUUCCUCGCCGCGUUUUUUUCUUCACUCACGCUGUGUCCGACGGAACUUGUCAAGUGCAAGUUACAGGCGCUGAGAGAGAUGGCGCAGCUUGGAGGAAAGACAAAAUAUGAUAAAAUCGGCACCUGGAAGAUGACGAAGGACAUCUUCCGCGCAGAGGGUCUCACGGGAUUCUUUCGGGGGCUGACGGCAACCAUCGCACGUGAGAUGCCCGGGUACUUCUGCUUUUUCGGAGGUUACGAAUUGUCUCGUACGCUUCUCACACCACCUGGCAAAACGAAAGAAGACAUUGGUGUUGUGAGAACUAUCAUCAGUGGAGGCAUAGGGGGCACGUGCCUGUGGGUAGUCAUAUUUCCCGCAGACGUGGUCAAGUCCCGGAUUCAGAUAUCGGGAUCCAGGGAGUCUGCUAUCGCAGUCACGAAGGAGAUUGUUCGAAAGGAAGGAUGGAGAGCUUUGUACAACGGCUUGGGACCAACUGUAAUAAGAACAUUCCCUUCUACCGGAGCACUCUUUCUAGCAUAUGAAUACACCAGAAAGGUUUUGAACUCUGCUGCUGGAAUAGAUUGACCUCAUACGGAGUAGGUAGGAAUUAUGAAUAUAUAGUGUUAGUCGAAAAUACCCUUUCCAUCGAUACUUCAUUCUGCACAUGUUAGAGCAUAACUAUGGGCCUUGCACGGCGGUACAGUUUUCAAUUUGUACAAUAAUUUUUUUAUCGUUGCUUAGGUAACUCAACUCAACAGUCUGAAGAUUUGUAAGAGUAAACACAAUUUUUCUGCGAUGAACAAGGACAACUAGAGUUGUAUUUAAGGAGUUAGAAAGCCACUACUGCAUUUUAUGCGACUUGUACAACAUAUUUUAGACCGGUGUAUUUGUGAUGCCUUAGUAUGUGGGACACAACAGGUGUGAAUGACACCUUUACCCUAUCAUUGUGCAGUGUACCAUUGUGCACCUCCGGACACUUGUAUAAGUGUCAGACCAAAAAGAUGUUAUGAGCUCUUGGCCCAGCCAAGACAAAACAUUUUGUGCUGUUUUUGUGGUGGGUUUUUCUGGUCAGUAAUUUUCUCCAAAUACGUAUCUCACUUUUGCCUCGAGAUCUCUCGGCCACGUGUGGAAAAGGUCAGGUGGACAAAAUUAAUAGACUCGCUGACCACUGUGAAGUCUCUCAUAAUUUAUAGUUGUCUCAGAAUGUGAAACCACGAGUCAUUUUCAUCGUUACACUUACAUUUCUGCUUUAGCGCUAUAGAAUGGGGAUGAGCACGUGAUUUGACGAUGCUGUCAUGCCUCGUUAAUAUAGGCAUCUCCACUUAUUGACAAGUUCUCGGGGCUUCUUUUAAAUGUAAUUUUCGGUCACUAAUAUGAUUUGGCGCUGCAUUUAAAAAAUCUGGAAGACAGGCCUUCCACAUACCUUCGGAUUAGUCAGGUUUCUCCUGUACACAAGUGCAGUGGACUUUAUACGUGCCAUUCCGCAUCAGUUGAGAAAGGCGUAGAGUCAGUACAUUAAUAUCUGAGGUUUCUAACAAUGAGUGCCUGGCGGAAUGAAAAGCAGGCUUACGUCAAAGUAUUCUGUGCUUCCUGCCCUAAAAUUCUUCCCCUUUCGACUCACGAUUUGCAUCACCUGCUUCCCCCAUCAUUACAUAUCAAUAUUCCAUCAGGAGUACAGAGGGCAAGCCACUUUUCACUUUCACGUGAGAUUUCGUUGUUAUUGGUGGCUUUAACUGUGGUUAUGUGCCUGUAUUAAUGAGGCAUGGCUGUAUCGUAUGAGCAAACGGUUGAUUAUACACUUGUUGAAAGUUCAUACUGCUUUCCAUUGUAGCAUUACUGUUGUGCGUGUUGUGUGCACAAGUUUUGGAUGUUCGUCAAAGAAAGCUGCGAGUAUUUUCGCAUUUAAGCGCAGCCAUACAACAUACACUUGUAACAUGACACCAUUUCUACAGUUGUUAGAGAAGCAUCUUUCCUGAGACUGGAAAUCUUUGUACGUGCCAUGUUAAAUACGAAGUGGAGCAAAAGGAAACUUUACUCAAGGUUGAUUUAUUUUUGUUUUACAACACCAUAAGUUAUGUUGUCACAGCCACACAUGCAUUUUUAACACGCUGGAAAUGUCCUGAAAAGAGGAAACAAUUGCCGAGAAUUACCAUCGAUAAUGUGUCCCGUUAAGAAAACAACGAAUUUAGAAAGUUAAUAACGAGCUGAAUAAAUACACUGCACCUGUA